AUGGGAAAUUAAAAAAAAUUCCUACAAAAACUUUUUAAUAUUCUUGAGGUACUCACAAUUAUGAUUUUAGUCAAAAGAGCAUGAAGAUUGUAUAUAAUGGAGUCCUGAUGGUAAAUCGCUUUUAAUAAUUUCUGGUGAAUUGUUUGAGGAAUAAGUUAUGCCUUCUUAUUUUAAUUCAACAAAAAUUUCAACAUUUUAUCGUCAAUUAAGUUAAUAUGGAUUUAAAGUGAAAUAAAAUGAGAAAAAAUAAAAAUAAUUUUAUCAUUCUAAUUUUGAAUAAGGCAAUUUGUAUAUUAUAAGUCUAUGACUAGUGAAAAGUUAUUAAAUAUAGAGAGAAGAUAAAGAUAACUGAAUCAAGAUUAUGAUAGCAUUAUAAGUGAAGAGAAUAAAAAGUUAAAAAAUGAAUUAAAGCUUUUACAAAAGUAACAAUAAGUAAUUUAAGCUUAAUUGAAUAUACAUACAUAAAUUUAUUUACUAAUUUGUAAAUAGAUAAAAAAUGUUUAUGAUGUAAUUAUGCAUGGAUAUUUUAGUAUUUGAAAUAAGAUGAAGAUAAUGAGGAGGAAUGUAGGAUAUUCUUUGAAUCAAUAAUUUAAAUAUUUAAAGGAUUCAACCAUGAUAUAGCUUAAAAUAUAUUUGAAGAAUUAAAAAAUAUAGGAGGCCCAUUAAGUCCAUAACCAUCCCCAAUUCUAUUUCCUUACUUAAAAUUUAAUUGA